AUGGGUAGGGGUGCUAUGGCACAUAAUCAUAAAUUCCCUCUCAUUCUUCCUCCUCCUGGAGGACUCAAUGCCCCUCGCUAUUCCGAGAUUGUCUUACCAAAGCUUAAGGAGUAUGAAGAGAUAUUGUCUGCAGAGAUUGACCAAAUGCUCUUUCCUGUUGAUAUCAGAAGGAACAAUAGCAGAGAGGACAGAGAAAUGGACCCGCCGACGUUCUCUCAAACCGACGGGUCCAGGCCUUUUUCCUCAUCCACAUCCUCUCCUGCUACCGCAUUCAUCUGCCUCGGCUCCCCCACCGCUACUGCAUUCCCUCCUGUUCCCCUAUUCCUUGAGCUCUUCCACAUCUCAGGAGGAUUCAUCUUUCCUUGA